GGCUUCCGCGGCCGCCGCUGGCCGUUAGCGCGGCUUGGGGUGGUUGUCUUGGAGAAUCAAGAUGGCGACGACGGCGGCGGCGACGACGGCGGCCGCGGUGGUGGCCGAGGAGGACACGGAGCUGCGGGACCUGCUGGUGCAGACGCUGGAGAACAGCGGCGUCCUCAACCGCAUCAAGGCUGAACUCCGAGCGGCCGUGUUCUUAGCACUGGAAGAACAAGAAAAGGUAGAGAACAAAACUCCUUUGGUCAAUGAGAGCUUGAAAAAAUUUUUAAAUACAAAAGAUGGUCGUUUAGUGGCUAGUCUCGUCGCAGAAUUUCUUCAGUUUUUUAGCCUUGACUUCACCUUGGCUGUUUUCCAUCCUGAAACUAGCACAUUUCAGGGUCUUGAAGGACGGGAGAACUUAGCCCGAGAUUUGGGUAUCAUUGAAGCAGAAGGCACUGUAGGUGGCCCCCUACUGUUAGAAGUGAUUCGGCGCUGUCAACAGAAAGAGAAAGGGCCUGCCAGUGCAGAAGGUGCACUGGACCUGUCUGAUGGACAUCCUCCAUCAAAGUCACCUGAAGGGAAAACAAGCGCCAACUCCACCCCAAGUAAGAUACCAAGGUAUAAAGGACAAGGUAAGAAGAAGACAAGCAGGCAGAAGUCCGGUGACAAGUUUGAUAAUCCUGAGCUCCAUCGAAGGGAAUGGCUGAUGCAGUGCAAUUCAAAGACCAACAGCGAGACCAGUCAGAGCGAGACCAGUGUCUCCUUGUCAGAGCCAAAGAGCAAGAGCAGCCUGCACUCCCUGGCCCAUGAGACGAGAGUUGCAUCCUUCUUGAGCAGCAGCACUUUGGAUGCAAAAGACAAAGGUGCCCUUUGUGCAGAGGAAGAUGAUGCAGACGGGGAUUCUUUCUUUGAUGACCCCAUUCCUAAGCCAGAAAAAACUUACGGUUGGAGAAGUGAACCUAGGAAGCAAGUGGGAAGUCUGGCCUCGCUCUCCGACAUACCCCCCUUAAGGAGUGGUCUCAGCUCCCUGGCAGGAGCCCCUUCAUUAACAGAUACUGAGAGUAGAAGAGGAAGAGCGGUCCUGAAGGAUCUGAAAUUGGUCAGUGAGAAGAUCGGAUCGCUUGGGCUAGGAACUGGAGAAGAUGAAGACUAUAUUGAUGAUUUUAAUAGCCAUCGCUCAGAAAAAAGCGAGUUGAGUAUUGGCGAAGAAAUUGAAGAAGAUCUUUCCGUGGGCGUAGACGAUGUCAACACCAGUGAUAAACUCGAUGACCUCACACAAGACCUGACUGUUUCCCAGCUCAGCGAUGUGGCCGAUUAUCUGGAAGACGUUGCAUAGACAGGAAAAGGAAGUAUUCUGACCAACAGAAGAGAAGGAACGGACUUGUCGGCUCCGUGGUCCCCAGUCAGUCACUCUUGCUGGAAUGUGUGCCCCUGCUGGUGCCUUGCAUUUCAAAGACUGCAGAUAUUUUUAAACGUUAGCUUUUCAGUUUAGUAAACAAAAUACUUCCUAUGUGAGCCCAUGUCUAGGAAGUUAAUAUUCUUAAUUUGGUUUAGCUGUACAUCGCCAGGGAGACUGUGCAUUACAGCAAGGGAACCCCUGAAGUAACAGGUGUUAAAAACAGCAGAAAGCGGGAUCAGGACAGCCGUAGUUUGUGUCACUGUUUCUCUGGCUGCUGCUGAGAUCUCUUAGACCUUACGUUAGCCACAGAAAGCUAACCCACUUAAUGUCCGUUAGGUGAGUUAGCCCCAAGUUGGUGACCUGAUCUGAUAAAUCUGUGAUGCUGACGUGUGUCAGUCAGUACGAGCUAAAUUGGGUAAUUGGGUGUCUGAACUUGAUGUUGUAUUUCCUUCCAUUUGGAAGGUUUGUUAGACCAUUAAGGUUAUAUUAUAAGUACUCUGUGCUAUUAGUUUUGCUUGUUUUAAACUAGAAGUGGUUAGGACUCUUCAUUCAUAGACUUGUCAGUAACAGUUAAGGUUUAAGGUCACAUUUCUUCCUGCUGUCUGUAAGCAGCUGUAGACACAGAUUACUUCAUUGCAGUCUUAAUUUAUUUCUCAAGAUGCCGUGAAACAUUCAGUACCAAAAUGCAUCUGAAACCGUUAAGCAGUGCUUUUAUUUCAGAUCUGUAAGUUGAUUAUAUUUAAAUCCAAAUUGGAAUGAAAUAGUAGUAAUGGCCUAAGACCAUGUAUAUUCAGUUUGACAAACUUUGUAUACUGUACAUAACUGCAUUGUAGUCCUUUAAAAAUAGAGCCAAUAUUGGAAUUUCUGGCAAAUUUGGAUCAUGUUGUUGUUGAGCCCCAGAGGUAUAGGCCGUUGGCGUCUGUAAUGCUGAAGUAUUUAAAUGUGUGAGGAGGAAACUCAGUCCUACGCAUGCAUAGUCAUCCCGCAGCUAAGUCAAAUUUAGGAGCUGUGAAACUUUGAUACAUUUUAUUUCCACUGUGACUGUUAAAAGUUACCUUUAUUAAUAAAAAAAAAAAAGGGAAAUUAGAAAAAUUGUCCAUCCAUGUUGAAUAAGUGAGCAGAGGCUGUGGUUUUUGUCAAUGCCACUUUCCAUUCCAGAAUUGCUAAGUAGAGCAAGUGACAUUUAUCAGGCUGCCAGUGCAGAGGAAAUGAAAACGAGUGAAGAUUCCGACAGUGGAGUCUGGCUUUUUAAACCCUGAGUGACAGUGAACUAUAAACGCCGAGAGGAAGUAGGCACAGGAAAUGGGCCGUGCGGCCUGGAGCCCCUGGGUGUUUCUGUCCUCCGUCUGCCUGACAUGGUGCUGUCUGUGUUUCCUGUUUGCUCUUAGAAACAGUGCUGUAUGAAGACACUGUCUGCUUGUUAGAAACUGCAUUGCCCUGGGUCGUCUCUCCACGGCUCUGUGAAAGCGCUGGAGCUCGUGGACCCCUGGAGUCCAGAGCAGACGAGAUUUGAUAGUCGGUGGGCACUACCUAUGAGUGGACUGGCCUGCGAGCAAGGCAGGAUGUGGCUUUCCAAUGGUCAGAUGUGAAAUCUGUCACUUUCUAUAACCCAGUGACUGACCUUUUGCUCAUUCUUGAGAAGGUGGAGGAAAAAGGCCAAGCUGCUACUUUGUGGUCAGCACUACAUAAGGUAUUGAAUAAUUCUGUACAACGUGAAAUUCAACAAGCAGGAAGCUGCUUCCAAGUAUCCCUUGCUUAGGUAUUGUGAACCUGUUAAACUUGAGCAGGUUCUGCAUAUAAUAAUGUCUCUUUUGUUUAAAGUGGAUUAAAAUGCUGGCCUGCA